AUGCUGCUGAUGCUGAUGCUCCUCUUACUGGUUUCCCAGUGUGCCUUGGCUUUGGUAGUGGAGGUGAAUGAGGGGGAAGGGUCUGUCCGAUUGCCCUGUCAGUACUCAAGUUUUAUACCAGAGGACAAUCCCACAGUGCUGUGGACUCGUAAUGAUCUGGAUCCAAAAUCUGUCCACAUACGACGAGAAGGAGGAGAUGAUCUUAGAGGACAAAACCAGCUUUACAGCGGACGCACAUCAAUGAGGUCUGAUGCUCUGGACUCUUCAGACUUCAGCCUCACUCUGAGAAAACCUCAACUGACUGACAAUGGCAACUACACCUGCUCCAUCAGUGAUGGGAGAGAGGAACUGAGACUGAGAGCUGUCCAGCUGCAAGUCAAAGACCAGCAGGUGGAGGUGGAGGUGGAGGACGGGUCAGAGUCUGUCAUCCUGCCCUGCAAAACAAAACCUGACCUGCCUGAGGACACCAAAGUGGAGUGGACUCGCUCUGACCGAGAACUCAUGAUGGUCCAUGUGUUUUCAAACAGAAGUGACCACGUUAAGAACCAGGAUGACCGUUACUAUGGUCGCACAAAGAUGAACAAAGACCUGCUGAGAACUGGAGACCUCAGUCUGACCCUGAAUUACCCCACAGAGAGAGACAGUGGAGGAUACAUCUGCACCAUCUACAGGGACAAAGACAUCCUGAGACAGAAAGUAGUGCUGCAGGUCAAAGAACCAUUUUCAGCCUGGGCCACAGUUCUCCUGGUUCUCUUGGGCCUCCUCAUUUCUGGAGGUCUCAUAUAUUAUUUCCGGCACUAUUUCAUGUCAGGUUACAAGGUGGAGGUGGAUUCAGGGGUGGAAUGCUAA